ACUGAAAAUAACAAAUAUUCGUAAAAAUAUGCUUGACGAGAAUGAUCGAGCAUGCGCUCAUCGAUCCACGGUGAAACCAUAGAAACAGACAAGACACAGAAACCAAAACAAUUGUCGUUUGAAACACAUUAUUCCCAACAAUUUCAUGUAAUUGUUCCCUCGGAAAAUUGUUUAGAAUAUUUCAAGGAAACGGAUGCUCGUUUUCGAACAAUGGACAUCAAAGACAGCAGCGACGAAGAAGAGGUACAUAACAUUUCAGCGUUCACGAAAUUCGACGAGAGUAUCGAGGUACGAAAUGCUGAGGAGAUACAGAGUCCAGUGAAUCGAAGGCCUUCCAGUUCGAGGAGAUCCAGACAGUACCCGGUAAAUGAGAGUCGGAACGCUAUAGGGAUUAAUUCACCUCGUGAAAAAUUCAAUUUUCGAAGAUAUUCAGGCAGUGAUAAUAACUUUGGAAAAUCCAUAGGAAUCCAUAGUGAUCCAUCGGACAGUGAAGAGAGCGAUGAUGAUGACAUCCAGGGGACAAAUAACGCUCAGCCCAUUGAAAUUUACAAUCCCAAGGAUUUUGAGGAUCUAGAAGUGUCAACCGAAGUGAAGGAAUUAUUUCAAAACAUAAUGAGAUACACUCCACAAAAAAUCGAGCUGAACUACAAGCUCAUACCAUUUAUUCCCGACUACAUUCCAGCAGUGGGUGAUAUAGACGCCUUCAUAAAGAUCCCACGACCAGACGGUGUCGAAGACAAAGUCGGCCUAACAGUAUUGGACGAACCUUGCACCAAUCAGUCGGAUCCAGCCGUUCUUCAUCUUCAACUCCGUAAUCAUUUGCGAAGCGCGGGAGCAGCGAGACAGGCGGUGAUCAAAAGGAUCGAGGACGCUGAAAAAAAUGGAAAGUCGAUUGAGAAGUGGAUCGAGGAUAUAAAUCAACUUCAUAGAAGCAAGCAUCCUCCCGCGGUUAAUUUAACGAAACCGAUGCCAGACAUUGACUCAUUGCUUCAGCAAUGGCCACCGGAAGUGGAGGACAAGCUCAAUGAAGCCGAAUUGGAUUUCACGCGGUUGGACUGCCAAUUGCCAGAGCUUGUCGAUCUUAUUUGCAAUCUCUUGGACAUACCAUCGGAACAAGAUACGAGAUUAGAGGCGUUGCAUACGCUCUUCACGCUUUAUUUGGAAGUGCGGAAUGUUAAAGCGCAGAAAUAUUAAUUGUAAAGAGCAUACAUGUAAAUAGAGAAGUUGUAAUUAUUAUUUUUAUUAUCAAGAGGAAUGUAAUUGAUCAUAGUUACUCAUUCUGACGAAAGGAAUAAAGAUUAAUGAUUAUUAUGAAUGAACCAUUUGAUAAUGACGCAGUAAUACAAUGAUGAAAUUACAAUGAAAGAUUGAUUUUCAAUUUUAUUUUAUAAAGAAUAGCAACUUCUGCCAGUUGUGAAUUAUUAUAAAACAAAGUUUUAUACAAUCUGAAUACCACGUUCCCAUUCAAUGGAAAAAAUUAUGUGUGAAUUACACAACCAUUUCAGAUAGUGUGUAAUCAGGGAACAUGGACUUACAGCAUAUAAAACAGAGUAUUUCAAUCAUGACAAUAUCAUUUAUAAUAUAUUAAGCAAUGUCAAUUACACGAUACAUUGUGAUUGAAAAUAAAUGCUUGUAACACUGCUUGAUAAAUGAAA